AUGGCCAAAAUUGAUCCCUCCUCGGCAUCCACAUCGGGAAACCAUCAAGAAGGCUCUUCUUCUUCCAUUCCUAAUCAAAAUGUUACGAAUGGUACUUCAUCAUCAAAUGUUCCACCUCCACCUCCUUCCAACACUUCUGUUUUAUUCAACUCAGCUGUUGCAUCUUUUUUAAGUCAUAGUUCCGGAACAACAACCACAGCAGGAUCAUCAUCCACUAAUACUAAUUGUAAUGGCACAUCUACUAGUAUUACUACUCAAAAUAAUUUUGUUGGAUUGGCCAAUCAGGGUGCCACUUGUUAUUUGAAUUCUCUCGUUCAAUCAUUGUUUCAUACGCCUGAAUUUCGAUAUGUGAUCUUCAAGUGGAGAUACGAUGCUCAACGUGAUCCGAGCAAGGAAAGAUGUAUUCCAUACCAAUUACAACGACUUUUUGCAUUUUUGACGCUUUCAAAGAGAAAGGCUGUACCCACAACAAGUUUGACAAAAUCAUUUGGAUGGGAACAAUCGGAUGCAUUCGUUCAACAUGACGUUCAAGAAUUGAAUAGACUUUUGUUUGAUGCUAUUGAUGUUUCAUUGAUUGCUUCUCGAAAUACUGAUAACAAAGAGACACAAAAUGGUCACACUCCAAAGAUCAAAGAACUCACUAAUUUUCAUGACGUGUUGAUCAGUGACAUUUAUAGUGGAAUAAUGCUUGAUUAUAUUGAAGCUAAAGAUCAUAAACGAGAAUCAGGCGAACCUGUGGGAAGGGUGAGAGAAGAUAUUUACAUGGACUUGCAGUUAGUGGUCAGAAGCGUAUCCUCCGUGGAGGAGGCUCUCGACAACUAUGUGAAGCCAGAGCUCUUAGAGGGAAAUGAACAAUGGAUUUGUGAGGAACUUGGAAACAAGAAAAUUGAUGCCAUCAAAGGCUUAAAGUUGAAGACUCUUCCUUACAUUUUAACAUUGCACUUGAAGAGAUUUGACUAUGAUCUCCAAACUUGGACUCGAAUUAAGUUAGGAAAUAUGGUUACCUUUCCAUUCGAAUUGGAUAUGACAAAAUACGUAACAAAUCAAUCUGGCUCGUAUAUUUAUGAUUUAUUUGCUGUAUUAAUCCACUCUGGAUCUGCUCUUGGAGGUCACUAUUAUGCGUACAUUAAAUCAUUUUCUACUGGAAAAUGGUAUAAUUUUAAUGACAGCAACGUGUCUGAGAUUGAUGCUCAACAGGUGAAAUUGAUGUAUGGUACCAAUGAUGCAAGUGCAACUGGUCGAUAUUCCUCUUCCACCAAUGCCUAUAUGCUUUUGUAUAGGAAGAGAGACGAGAUUCUAAACAUCAACCAUGUAGAAGAAAAUAUGAUUCCAGACGAUUUACGGGAAGAGGUAGAAAAAGAUAACGAACAAAUUGUUGAGGAGCUUCGAAAGGCCGAAGAAGCACGACAAUCAUUGAACCUUCGUAUUAAAUGUGAGGGCCAACCUGUAUUAUCAAUAACUGUAAAAAAGACAGAUACCAUGAAACAAGUAUUAGAAAAGGUACAUGAAAUGAUGUCACGAAGAGAAAACUUUUAUUCUAAACUCUCAAAUUGUAGACUCCGCAAGUUUGACAUUAUGAAGCAAGUACCAACUUCUUCCUUCCAUAGACAUGGAGAUCAACCAAUUUCACGAUUCAACAUGUUCAAUGGUACCAUUUUAUAUUUGGAAACAAAAGAAUCAGACGAGGAAUGGAAAGAAAUUACAGAAUAUAUUACAAUAUAUGUGUGUCCCUUCAAUGAGGAAAAUAAUGAUUUUGACCAACCAAGAUCCGUCAAAAUUACUACCACACAUACCUUGUUGGAUAUUAAGAAAGAAAUUGAGAAGGAAUUGCAAAGAGAAAGAUUUCCAAAUGAAAAGUUAAAUCUGGUCAUUAUGCGAAAUGAUCAACUUAUAUUAUUCCAUAAUGUGGAAGAAAAUGACAGAACUAUCGAAAAUGGGUUGAACAUUGUCGGAUCUGAUUUAGUUUAUGUUGAAACUCUUGAAAACCCAACACAAAAUCUCGAAACCAAAGUUUUGGCGAAAUUAGAAGAAAUGAAAUAUUGUUUUGAUGUAUUGAUUAACACAUUCGACAAACCAAACGAUUAUACCACUGCUGUUACAGUUGAUAAACGGAAAACAGUCAGAGAUCUUAAAGAGAGAAUAGCAAAAAUAUUGCAAACAGAACCUUCUGCAUUCAGAUUAUGUACCAAAAUGCACAUGCAACCAAUUAACGAAGACAUGUUAAUUGCUGAGUGUCCUCACAUUUUUGAAUAUACGUCUUUACAUGUGGAAAAGGGUGCAGCUCCUAAAGAAGGGGAAGUCAUUCUCCAGUUAUAUGUGCAUCUUCCAUGGUUAUCUGAAAAGCAACACCAAGAAAAGCCCCCUGAAGAAGAACCAAAAUCUCCUCCUCAACAAGAGAAUGUUCAUCACGACAUCGCAAGUAACAAUGUACCACCUCCUCCCAAUACAGAAAGCGGUGUCAUGAUGACAUGUGAACCGCCACCAUCAAGCUCAACUGCAGUAGUACUUGCUCCCAAGGAUGGUCCAGUUUACAAUCAAGGAAUGAGAUAUCUCGAUGUUAUGCAAAAGUUAAAAGAUGAAUUUAGAUUUGUUGAUAAGAUUGUCAUCAAUCAACAAGAAACCUUGGGACAAUUCAAGAAGAGAAUUUUUGAAAAGUAUUUCUCCAACCCUGAUUCUGAUCAAUAUGUGCCAUUAGAAUUGAUGAGAUUGAGGACAAAGGUUGGAGUAUUCUUACAAAACAUGUUAAUUCACGAUGAUAAGACCCUCAAAGAGAAUAUUUCGGACCUGACAAACAACAAACACAUUUUAGUGCAAAUAAUGGAAAAACCAAUGACAAUGCGUGAAGGUGACAUGACUAUUUAUGUUCAGAGAUGGUUACCGUCUGAGUGGAAGUUUUAUGGCGGUUCUGAUGCCAAAUUCGAGGUUCUUAUUCCAAAAGAAAGUGAUUCGCUUUCUCCUCAAACACUGAGAUCAAAAAUUUAUGAAAGCCUUAAACAUUCUGCUCUCUCAGAUGUGUCACCAGAAAGAUUUGAGCAAAUAGGUAUAAGCAGAGCUCCAGGCCAAUUUGACUAUUUCAUUACGAAGGAGUGUAUUCAGGUCGCAAUUUUAAAUUAUGACGAAAUUGACUCGGUGAAGGAUCUGUAUCGACCACCGUUCAUCAUCAAACAAGAUGAAAUUUUCAUUGUGAGAAUGAAGGACGAAGUGGACAAGUAUGACAUGGAAGAAUACAAGCAAAAGAAAAAAGCAGAAGCAAAUGCUCCCUCUACAUCCCGUGUUCAGGAAAAAGCACUCAAAAUUAAGGUUCUCGAUAAAGAAACAGAAGAAAAGGAACAACGAUUGAAAGAAGAGAGGGAGAGUGAGGAACAAAAAAAGAAGGAAUCCCAAGAGACAGAUCAAAACGGAACCAGUAGCAACCAUCAUGACGCCAUGAAUAUUGACUCCUCGACUUCGUCCUCAACACAAGAGAAUCCAAAAAAGAAACUAAAAUUAAAAGCUGACGAAGCAUAA